AUGGCUAGAAAGGGGAUUGGCACCAAAGGCCAAAAGAUUUCUUUAGUGAGCAACCAUUUCAACGUUAAAUUUAGCAGCUCCAGUGACCAUUUCUAUCAAUACAGUGUGGCUUUGUUUUAUGAAGAUGGGAAUCCGGUGGAGGCAAAAGGUAUUGGUAGAAGAGUUUUAGAUGUGGCUUAUAAAACAUAUAACUCUGAGAUGGGUGGUAAAGGGUUUGCGUAUGAUGGAGAAAAGACUUUGUUUACGGUUGGCGCUUUACCUGCGACUAAGCUUGAGUUCACCGUUGUGCUGGAGAGUCUCUUAAUGUUACGUGGAGCGGGUGGGAGCCCAAAUGGGAGCCCAAAUGAGAGUGGGUCGAAAAGAUCGAGGCGUCCACCUCAGUGCAAGUCAUAUAAACUGCAUAUAAACUAUGCUACUAAGAUCCCCAUUCAAGCGAUAUUUAAAGCCCUUGAAGGAAAAGAUUCAGAGCAAUUCCAUGAAGCUAUAAGGGUUUUGGAUGUUCUUCUGAGGCAACAUGCUGCGAAACAAGGCUGUCUUCUUGUUCGUCAGUCUUUCUUCCACAACGAUGCCAAAAACUUUGUAAACAUCGGUGGCGGGGUUUUUUGUUGCAGGGGUUUUCAUUCUAGUUUUCGGGCCACUCAAUCUGGUUUGAGUUUGAACAUGGAUGUUUCGUCUACAAUGAUUGUCCAGCCAGGGAAAGUCACAGACUUUCUUCUUCAGAAUCAGAAUGUGAGAAGCUUAAGGGACAUUGACUGGCUUAAGGCUAAAAGAUCGCUCAAGAGCCUUCGUGUCAAGACCUUUCCUUCGAAUCUAGAGCAUAAGGUUAUUGGGUUGAGUGAAAGAUCCUGCAGGGAACAGAGAUUUUCACUUAGAUCGAGGAAUCAGAGAGAUGGACACAACAGCCCGGGGGAGGCCAUUGAAAUAACCGUGUACGAGUACUUUGUGAUGCAUAAGCGGAUAGAGCUUGAGUAUUCUGCUGAUUUUCCAUGUCUUGAUGUUGGGAAGCCAAAGAGGCCUGUUUAUAUUCCACUGGAGUUCUGCGAAUUGGUAUCAUUACAACGUUAUACAAAAUCGUUGUCAAAUUUACAAAGAGCUUCGCUUGUGGAGAAAUCUAGACAAAAGCCACAAGAACGGAUGAGAGCCUUGACUGGUGCGCUCAGGCAAAGCAACUACGAAGCCGAUCCUCUGAUUAAUUCUACGGGCAUCUCAAUUAGCACUGCAUUUACCCAAGUGGAAGGCCGUGUUUUGGAGCCACCAAAGUUGAAGUUUGGGAAUGGAGGGGACUUGUUUCCUCGUGGUGGUCGAUGGAACUUCAAUAAUAAGACACUUGUUGAACCGACUAAGAUCUUUGAAUGGGCUAUUGUCAACUUUUCUGCACGUUGUGACAUGAAUUACCUACGAAGAGAACUUCCCAAGUGUUCACAUGCGAAAGGAAUCGAUCUUGAUCAACCGUAUGCUGUGAUCGAUGAAAAUCCUCAGUUUCGACGCAAUCCUGCUCCUGUUCGUGUGGAUAAGAUGUUUGAGUUGAUAAAACAAAAACUCCCUGGCCCUCCUCGUUUUCUUCUAUGCAUCCUCCCGGAAAGAAAGAAUUCGGACAUCUAUGGUCCGUGGAAGCGAAAGUGUCUUGUGGACUUUGGAAUUGUGACACAGUGCAUGGCUCCAACUAGAAUCAAUGAUCAAUAUCUAACUAACAUUAUUCUGAAGAUCAAUGCAAAGAUGGGUGGUAUAAACUCACUGCUUUCUAUGGAGUUUUCGAGAUGUAUGCCCGUUGUGUCAAGGACACCGACCAUAAUCAUUGGAAUGGAUGUUUCUCAUGGUUCUCCUGGCCGCUCCGAUGUUCCAUCCAUUGCGGCUGUUGUGGGAUCGAGGAACUGGCCGCUUGUUUCUCGCUACAGGGCAUCUGUUCGGACUCAGUCUUCCAGAGUUGAGAUGAUUGAUGGCUUGUUUAAGCCUGUUUCAGAUGAUAAAGAUGAAGGAAUGAUAAGGGAAUUGUUGGAAGAUUUUUACCGAAGCACUCCAAAGCUGAAACCACAGAAUAUAAUCAUUUUUCGAGAUGGAGUUAGUGAAUCGCAGUUCAGCCAAGUGCUGAAUAUUGAGCUCGAGCAGAUAAUGGAGGCAUGCAAGUUUUUGGAUGGCGAUUGGAAUCCAAAGUUUUUGGUGAUUGUGGCUCAGAAGACUCAUCACACCAAGUUCUUCCAACCAAAUAAUGAAGCCAAUGUUCCACCAGGAACAAUCAUCGACAACAAAGUGUGUCAUCCGAAGAACAAUGACUUCUACUUGUGUGCCCAGAAUGGGCCGAUUGGUACCAGCCGGCCUACCCAUUAUCAUGUACUUCUGGACCAGAUUGGUUUUUCUACCGAUGAUUUGCAAGAACUUGUUCAUUCACUCUCCUACGUGUAUCAAAGGAGCACGACUGCCAUCUCUGUCGUUGCUCCGGUGUGUUAUGCUCACUUGGCCGCUGCGCAAAUGGCUCAAUUUGUCAAGUUCGAUGACUUGUCAGAUGUUGCAUCGAGCCAUAGCGGGGGUGGAAGUUCUGCAGGUGGGUUCACUCAGAUACCAAAGCUUCAUGACAAAGUCAGCAGUUCAAUGUUUUUCUGCUGA